GCCAUCAUUCAUUCUGUGAUAACUCUGGUAUUGGCAACCCGUUGAUCGGUGUCGACGCCGUCCAGAUACUUAGCCGCUUGUCAGACUCUUGCUGUUUGUUUUGACUUUGUUUUUGCAUUCACCUUUGCAUUCCAUAUCGUAAUUAAGGGGAAAGAACAUUGUCGGCCACAUUUGGACAUCAUGACGGACGUGUACCGUCCUGCACCCCCCAGAUGUCCGCCCCUACGGCAGGUGCGGGGGACGAGGCUUGAUACAAUCGAGGAGGACGCGCGCGAGGCACAGUACUCGGAAAUCACGCAGCCUGCUGCACCGAGCACGAAGCAGACGAUACCACCGCCCCCGCAGCAACCUCCGCAACAACCCCCACAGUUGAAGCUCAAGACCAGCGGGCUUCCAUUGGUGUCGUCUAGGCUACAUCGAUUCUUCUCGCCGAUAUCUGCAGGGUCCCUGUCCUCGUGUUCAGAUACGGAAUGGCAGCGUCAGAUGCAGCCGUUCGAAGACCUGUAUGAUGCGACCGACGAGGAUUCGGACAUCAGUGACGAGUGUACGUCCUUUGCCAGUACUCGGCCGACAAGCUUGAUGACGCCGACGACACGAAACUCAAUGGUUUCUCCCAUCUCACGCAGUCGUUAUCCGAGUCUCACCAUCCCAUCAUCCACGCAGUGGCCGUCACUACAUGGUGCCCCCAAGAGCUCUCCGAUCCCGCCAACUCCACCGCCAAAGAUCCCAGUCUCUCCAAGCGCUCUGUUGAUGCUGACCCACUCGGUGCCGGCAGUGCAUGCUCCUCCGUCCUUGGACGGCAGUGUGUCUUCUGACCAGGUGUCGAACAUCAGUGCUCCGGCCACUCCAGACCUGCAGUCCCUGCCGGAUAAUGACUGGACGGUACCAGACGUCCAAGUUCGACAUGACCUGGAGGAUGCACAAGAUGACGAGCUCUCGAACUUGGAUGCAGACGCGGAUGUCCAAAGCAUUCAGAUCGCCAUUGAAAGCGCCAAUGAGGACUGGCGGCAGGUCCUGGGCAGGUUCCCACGGAUCCCUGGCCAAUCCACCCCACCAUCUCUUGACCUAGAUGCCGAGCCCUUGCGGGGAGAUACACCAUCGGAUCGAGGCGUCUCCCUUCCUGCAGAUGCCUUGGAGAUGCUGCGACAUAUCUCGUUCGAUGGAACACCGGACCCGUGGUCCGAGACUUCGGAGCGGAACGAAGAGAUGUGGCAGCUGCAUAUGCCCCCGGAACGUCCACGUAGUGCCGAUGACGCCACCCCAGCAUCGGAACUCUCCGGGUAUAGUUUCAGCCAGCUGAGCAUACCCUCACCGGGUGGCUUUUUCGCUUCAUUAGGCCCAAGAGCUCGUCACACCUGGUCUAUUCCCCAUGGCACCAAGCCGCCUUCUUCUGCAAUUGCUGAAAGCUUUUACAAGCUGCCGUUUGCCCGCGCCGAAGGGGAGAUUGUCGAGCAGGUCAUCGACUAUCCCGACCGGACGGCAGAGGAGCAGCUGACGGCGGUAUACGACCCUAUUGGGCCGCCGACCGCCAUCCGGAUUCCUGCAGAAAGCGUACCCGAAUGUUCAGAAGAAGAGGAUGAUCAAGAGUGUUCCGAAGUUGACUGUAUGGAAGAAUCUCCGGCGCCAAUUGGUCUGGACGAUCCGUUCGAGCGAGACGAAGACUAUGAGAGCGAACUCAGACAGAAGGCAAUGUCGGGUCUGGAUCGAACCAGCGACUGGCUGUCCGCCCAGGCUUCUUACCUUGCAGCUCUUCACGAGACCAAUCCCGUGAACCUGCUGGAUGGUGAUGCUCACAGCGUCGAAUCUGCAAGCAAGGCCGAUCAACAGCCUCAACCAGGCCGUAAACGGUCAAUUCCAUUUUCCGGGAUCGUUCCUGAGGCACCGAGCUCUCAGCCUUCGGAUCUGGCGAGUAAGGAUUCCAUCUAUUGGCGAGGGUUUCAGGCUGUUCAGCAACAGUCCAGCAACCGGGACACCUUUGUGCAUCGGAACACACGAUUCGAUGCCAUCCAAUCUACCCGUCUCGGCCUGACUGACACGCACAUCAACCGCCUGCGGGGCAACUACGAAAUUGCUCGCCCUGAACGACCGGCUUAUAAAGGCCCCUUCUCAUUGGCGCCUCGCAAAUCAACCAUGGGCCCGGCUCUGGCUGAGAAAGCUCAGUUCUCUUUGGUCGAGAAGGAGCAGGCUGUGCUGUCCCAGAUCCGUCAACCCAUGUGGGCCAUGGAUGCUCUCCGGUAUGUCAACGGCGGUAGCCUGAUUGUGGGCCCUGCUCGCAGGCGACUGGCCAGCACAUCUAUGGUAAACCCGCGAAAGGCGACCCGUCAGUUGCGGAUCCUGGAUCUCGGUGGGCACGCCUCGUGCGAAUGGGCCUGGCAACUUGCCUACGAGUAUCCUCAUGUCAAGGUCUAUACGGUCUUUACUGAGCAUCAAGCGGUCAACCCCGGCAUCAAAGGGCCUCCAAAUCACCGUCACAUUUCGGUGUCGCAGCUGUGGAAGCUACCGUUCCCUGAUAAUAAGUUUGAUGUCAUCUCGGCCCGCUCUCUCCCUGCGUUGCUGAAGAAGGACCGUCCCUCCGGCGAGACCCAAGAUCAGUAUGACCUCUGCUUGAAAGAGUGUCGGCGCUGUCUCAAGCCUGGCGGCUACCUGGAGUUCUUUGUGAUGGAUGCAGAAAUAACGCGGGCAGGCCCGCAAGCGUCUGCCACGUCGGCAGAAUUUGCAUCCAAUCUCCGAGCUCGGGGCUACGAUCCGACUCCCACCAAGGGCUUCCUCAGUCGCUUGCAACAGAACUUUGUGGACGUCAAACGUGCCUGGAUGUUCUUGCCCAUGGGCACCGAGCCGGUCAAGUCUGAACCGCUUAGGGAGACACCGGAUCCCAGGGUGAAGAGCCUGACUGACGACUACGAAGCAGUCCACGGCCCAGUGGGAAGCACGGCCGAUAUCGCCAGCGUCACAGGAGUGCUUGGGGGCUGGCUCUGGGAGCAAUGGCUCGUGAAGCUACAGAUAGAGAUGGGACUGGACCAACAAGACCUGCUGGCAGGCAUCGGAGGUGUGUUUGAUGAGGGACGCAAGAACGGUGCAGGCUGGACCUGCUUGUCGGGGUGGGCGAUGAAGCCCAGGCUGAAGAAGAAGCGUCACGGACGGAAGAGUAGUAAAGGCUGAGCCUCACUUCUAUUCUUACGUUGAGUUUCCUUCUCGGGUGGACAAGCAUAUGAUACCCACGUUGCCCUGGUGGCACGCAUAAUGUAAUAGCCGGCGUCUGUUUUCUUAUCGCUCUCUAUACCCCUUUCUUACGUGAAACGAGUGACGAUGGUGGAGAUGGACAAUGACACUCUCUUCAGUGCAGAAUAUACUAUGUUACUCUAUUGGCGUGCAGCAAACCGGGUAGAAUUGGCUUCUUUGAUCGUAACUUGUGUCAGAACAGCUGACAAUUUGCCAGUUCCUACGGUAGACCAUAAAAGUAUAUACUGUAGACUGAGUUGUGAUAGUGUGUGGAGAGAAGCCCACCUCACCUUACCUUACGCAAAUCUCACUCACCUUGCACCUAUUGAAUUUGAGUAGAUCAUCAUAAAGCCGAGUCACUUGAAG